UUUCCCCGCCCCCCUAAUAGCCCAGGUCUGCCAUGCUGCUCCGGGAGCUCAGGCGGCUCUUCCACAGUUCUCUCAUCUACUCCAGGCCGGGAUGCAGACAAGCUAUCAUGCCCUGCUCCGAAGCUACCCCCGCCGCCGUCUCCCCCAGCAAGCGGGCUCGGCCUGCGCAGCACAAGGAGGAGAGCCCCGUGCGCCUCCGCUUCGCCCGCCUCUCGGAGCACGCCACGGCCCCCUCCAAGGGGUCGGCGCGGGCUGCGGGCUACGACCUGUACAGUGCCUAUGAUUAUACAAUACCAGCCAUGGAGAAAGCCCUUGUGAAAACAGACAUUCAGAUCUCUCUCCCUCCUGGGUCUUAUGGUAGAGUUGCUCCACGUUCUGGAUUGGCUGCAAAACAUUUCAUAGAUGUGGGAGCUGGUGUCAUAGAUGAAGAUUAUAGAGGAAAUGUUGGUGUCGUACUGUUUAACUUUGGCAAAGAAACAUUUGAAGUGAAAAAAGGUGACCGGAUUGCACAGCUGAUUUGUGAACGGGUUUUUUAUCCAGAACUUGAAGAAGUCCAAGGCUUAGAUGACACUGAACGUGGAGCAGGAGGUUUUGGUUCAACUGGUCAGAACUAAAAUUAUGUAAAGAAUAGCUAUAGCAGCUUUCCCCCUAAAAGAGUUAAUAAAAUGACUUUCCACUUAUGAUA